AUCAUCUGCUAAUUCUUCAUCUCUCCUUCUCUCUCUCUCCCUGCGACAAUUUCACCUUGAGAACCACAUUGCUUUCGCUAACAAAACCCUAUAUUUUCUCACCAAACACUCACUUUCCCGAGAAAAAGAGAAAGAGAGAGAGAAGAAGAAUCUAUCAAUUCCCAGUCCAAAGAUUCUACUCCCAUUUGCAUCCAAUUUUUCGGCUACAAAUUUAGAAUCCUAACUCAAUUCCCUCAUUUUUUUUUUUUUUUUUUAACGAUUAAAGCCCUAGAUUGCAAUCCUUUUUUUUUUUUUAAAUUUUCAACCAAAAGGAAAAUUUGAGACCUGAGGUAGUCAAUUUUCUUGGUGUACUGGGGCAUGGGGAAGGUUCUCCGAGAAACCUCCAAGCCCUCAUCUUCUUCAACAUGUUGUUCGUCUUCGUCUCCUCCGACUACCACAUCGACAUCGCUCACGGAGACCGUGAAUGGUUCGCACGAAUUCAAGAUCGAGGGAUAUUCAUUGAAUAAAGGUCUUGGUAUCGGAAAGUAUAUGGCGUCCGAUACGUUCAAUGUCGGCGGGUAUUCAUGGGCGAUCUAUUUUUACCCUGAUGGAAAAAGCUCCGAGGACAAUGCAACGUACGUUUCGCUGUUCAUUGCGCUUGCAAGCGAGGGAACCGAUGUCAGGGCUCUCUUCGAAUUGACCCUUAUGGAUCAGAGUGGGAGGGGGAGGCAUAAAGUGCAUAGCCAUUUCGGUAGGACAUUGGAGAGCGGGCCAUAUACGCUCAAGUACCGCGGUAGCAUGUGGGGUUACAAGCGGUUCUUCAAAAGAAGUGCUUUGGAGACAUCAGAUUACCUUAAAGAUGAUUGUCUCUCGGUUAACUGUGUUGUUGGUGUUGUGAAGUCACGGACGCAGGGGCCUAAGAUCUACUCUAUAGCGGUACCACCAUCUAACGUUGGUCAGCAAUUUGGGAUGCUACUGGAAAGUGGGAAGGGAACUGAUGUAAAUUUUGAAGUUGAUGGGGAAACUUUUGCUGCUCACAAGUUGAUAUUGGCUGCACGAUCACCUGUGUUCAGGGCCCAACUUUUUGGUCCCAUGAAGGAUCAGAACACCCGGUGUAUAAAAGUUGAAGAUAUGGAAGCUCCAGUUUUUAAGGCUUUACUUCAAUUCAUGUACUGGGAUUCAAUACCAGACAUAGAAGAGCUUGCUGGUUUGAACUCAAAAUGCGCAUCUACUUUGAUGGCUCAGCAUCUGCUUGCAGCAGCAGAUCGCUAUGGCUUAGAAAGGCUCAGGUUGCUAUGUGAGGCAAUUCUAUGCGAGCAUGUUGCAAUUAACACUGUAGCAACAACAUUAGCUUUGGCAGAGCAGCAUCACUGCUUCCAGCUGAAAUCUGUAUGCCUCAAAUUCGUCGCAAUGCCUGAAAAUCUUGGAGCUGUUAUGGAAACAGAUGGUUUUGAAUACUUGAAACAAAGCUGCCCCUCUGUUCUAACUGACCUCCUACAAUAUGUAGCCAGUGAGCAUCAUAGCACUAUAUGCAGGCAUGGGAACGCAACCAUUCUUGAUGGCGGUGACAUCAAUGGAAGGCGGGUGAAACAAAGGCUAUAGGAUUAGAUGUUACACUUAUUCUCUGUAGUAGACGUUGGAAGGGGAAAAAAAAGAAAUUAGAGAAGAGAGAAAGAGAAAUUAUUUAUAGGGUUAGAAAUAAGUUCUAGCUCUUAGCUUUUGUAUCUGUUAUUGUAAGGGUGUUAAUAUCCAUGUUGAUUUGCAAGUUGUUGGUUGAAAAUUUUUUAAUAUCCAUGUUGAUUUUGCAA